GCUUACUUCACAAAAUUUAAUAACCUAAAAAUCGCGCUUUUCUCUUUUUGCGAUACCUGUGUUUUCCCUAUUAUUAUUACACGAUGAGUAAUAACGGCGAUGAAACAAUAUUGAACAUGGUGAAAAACUUUAAGCGUUUCAACAGAGUCCCUCUGUUUGCGACGCCUUUAAAACGCCAACACAGCGAAACCUCUGAAAGCAGUUUUGAGGAGGGUACGCCAAUGAAAAGAAUAAAAGAAAGCAGCAAACUCGACUUAUCCUUCCCAGGGUCCCCGAGAGAAAUACGUAGAAUAAAUGCGGAUUUAAUGGAGGCUAGAAAUACGAUAGUUAAGUUGGAGAGUUUGCUAGGGACUGCGAACAAUAUAAAAAAACAAAUGCAGUUGCAUUUUGACGAGCAGAAUCAUGAGUUGAAGUAUCAGGUUGAGUAUAACAGGAAAACAAUUGAACAACUCGAGACUAGAUUGAAGGAAACAAAGAAAAAGGAGAUUGAAGCUAGAAACGAAUUGGCUGAAGUAAAAAGUAAGCUGGGUAUAUUGAAAAUAAGGUCGGAUGAGAGGGUGGAAUUUUUGGAAAAGGAUCUUUUCAAUAUACAGGAGGGAAAUAAACAUAAUGAUAAUUUAGAAAGUGCUGAAAUUGGAAGUUUAAAAAGAAGAAUAAAUGAGUUAACAGUUCUUGCAGAAUCUGCUGAGGCAGAGGCUGAAGCACAAAAAAAACUUGUAGCUGAUUUAGACAAACGGAUAACAGAAAAGGUAAAUUUGGAAAAAGACCUAGAGUUAAAGGAACAAGCAUUUCAAAAAGCAAAACUACGCAUUAAAGAAUUGGAAUAUGCAAAAGAUAACUUUUUGGAGUUUCAAGAACAAGCCAAGACUCAAUCUCACAAACUAGCAAACUACAUAGAAAUGGAAAAAGAAAACGAAAAACUCAGAGAAGAAAAUACAAGACUUAAAGAUGAAGUUCGUAAUAAAUUGGUUAUGGAGGAAGAGGUUUUUGACUUGAAAAACCGUUUAGCAAAAUUCAAAGAAAAUGAGAAAAAAUUACAGGAAAUUCAAACUCAGCAGGUGCAAAAUGAAAUGGCUUUGAAUGAGUGGCGUGGAGUUGCAAGAAAUAUUUGUGAAACAACCGACUAUGAUUCAGCUCUUCCACAUUUAUUGAGAACAGCAGUGGAAAAAAUGCAGCACCAAGAACUUAAUUUGACAGCUGAGAAAGUGGAGAUUGAGUGUAAAUUAAAGGCUGCCAUACAUGAAGCUAGGGUGGCCAAAGCCGAGCUAGAAAAGAACCAGAAACACCUGGUAAACCUAAAAUCAGCGGGAGAACAAAAACAAACCAUAAUCCACAGAAUGCAGAAAAAACUGUUGUUGGUCAGCAGAGAAAGGGACAGCUACAGGUUGCAGCUGGAUUCCUACGAAAGAGAUUUGACCAUGAAUGCCACCACCACGAGUUUGGGUAGCGCAGCUGCCAGCCAGCUGCAGAGUCAGAAGGACAGAAUCGAGAAGCUGGAGAGACAUCUGGAGGGUUACAGGGAACUAAAUUCGAAGUUGGAGAGUGACUUGGAGGCGGCUCAAGGAUUGUCUCAUUCAGAAAUGAUCCCAGUCAAAUACGACCAAAUCUCGAAACUUGAAGAAGAAAUCAGCCAACUGAAAAUGGAAAACGAACGCAUGCGCGAAAAAAAAGACAGCCUCGAAAUCCAACUGGAGUCCUAUCUGGAAGGCAACGACACGUUGGCCGGCGGGCAGGUGUACCACAACGCGAACAACCCGUUCGCGCAGAGCGUCGCGCAAAGAGAAAAUCUGGUGGAAAAGUUGGAGCAAGAAGUGGAGAGACUCAAGAGGAAGUGCAAAAAUCUGGAAGAAGGUCUGGAGGCCAGCAAGCUGGGAGAUUUGUCCGUGUGUCCCCAGGAAGUGUUCGCUCUCAAAGAACAGAUAAAAUCGCACGAAUCUCAGAUGCAAAAGCUGAAGGACUACUUCAAAACGUCCAUGCAAGAGUUCAGAGAUGUCAUUUAUAUUCUGCUGGGCUACAAAAUCGACCGAAAUGGAAGUUCUUUGUACAAACUAAGAAGCGCGUACGCUGAACGCGAAGAGCACAUGAUUUGCUUCGAAAUAAAUAACAAAAAUGGCGACCUAAACCUGCUGGAAAACGAAUACAGCGCCACCUUGGAGGAUAUGAUCAACCUGCAUUUGAGGCACCAAAAAUCUUUCCCCGUAUUUUUAAGCGCUUUAACCAUGAAUUUGUUCAAUGAAAAGACCAGGACGUUCCAGGGUUAGGAUUUUAUUUUUAUUGGUACGUUCCAAGUUUAAUUAAAAAAAUAUAGUUUUAGUUCUACGUUUUUAUAUAAUGAAUUGUAUCAAUUUAUCUAAAUUGAUUAUACUAUUUAUUUAGAUUGUUUGACGGUCAAUAAAUUUUAAAUGAAAUAA